AUGAUAAAAUCAAUCAACUCUCCAAUAAUCAAUUAAUUAUAUAUCGGCGAUUCUAAAUUUACAAACUAAAAUGAAGGAGCAACAAAUAAAGAGCAAUUUUUAAGUAGCUGCUAAGCUAUGUAAAACUUUGAAAUAUUAUCUUUAUAUUCUAAGUGCGCUAAAUCUAACGCAAUAAAGAAUAUAAUCAACUAAUUUCAGAAUUUCAUCUUGUGCAGCGAUGACCAAAUAGUAGUUGAAUCUAUAUCUGAGCUAAUAGAGCAAAGGAAUCUAAGUCAAAUUAGAAAGGAGUUUAACACUUUUUGCAAGUUGAAAAAACUAAACCAAUCAUUCUUAGUUUCGGUUAUCAACAGCAAGAGAUUUUCUAUGUUUUUUAAGUACUUUUUAAAUUACUAUGUUUUAGAUUGGGCGUUCGAAAGGGUUAACAAGGAGCUAAAUAACCACUUGAUUUGUAUAAUAUUUUUUUAGAGAUGCUUCUUAGAUAAAACUUUGAUAAAAGAAAUAAAAACAUAUAAAAAGCGUUUGGACUGA